AGAUCUCUGCUUUUUAUGCGCAUAGGACCGCAUGCCGGAGUGGAUUUAUUUUCUGGUUUUUGGAUAACUCUGGGUACGAAUUUGUUGGAAUUAUCUGGCAACCCGGAUUUCAACGGAAGUAUCGAGGAAGACAGUGAAGUUUCAUUUCAGUAAAAACCCAUACGUCAGGUUAAAGUCCCUGCAUAAACAGCAUGGAAGUCAUAUGACCACCCAGUUGCACUUCCUCAAACUUCCUCAGACUCACACCAUCUCACUCCACCGUGCAUGCAACUCCAUUACUAAUACUGCUCUAAAACUGACCUCUACAAGACUCUGGUCCGGCCUGGGAGACUCAUGGCAAGUUCAUUUUCAAGAAAAUCACAUGGGAACCGUCUCAGAAGACUGCCUGAAGGAGCUUCUGUGCUCCUGAUAUUCCUUACUCUAUUCACCUGGCUGCUGAGGUGUGCAGAAUGUGUCAAAUCCAGCAAUGUGAUUCUCAUCGUAACAGAUGACCUGGACGUGGAGCUUGGUGGGAUGACGCCGUUAAAGAAAACCAAAGCCCUGAUCGGAGAGGCUGGUGUCACCUUCUCUUAUGCAUACACAGCAACUCCUCUGUGCUGUCCCAGCCGGAGUAGCAUCCUCUCUGGGAAAUAUCCACACAAUCACAUGGUCCACAACAAUUCCUUGUCGGGCAACUGUAGCAGCCGAGCCUGGCAGGCUGGUCCUGAGAUGCAAGCUUUUCCUGUCUACCUCACCAAGAAGUAUUAUCAGACGUUUUUUGGAGGGAAAUACCUUAAUCAGUAUGGGAUGAAUGAGACAGGAGGUGUGGGACAUGUUCCUCCUGGAUGGGACCAGUGGCAUGCACUGGUGGGGAACUCCCAGUACUACAAUUAUACCCUCUCUGUGAAUGGAAAAGCAGAGGUUCACAAAGAUGACUAUGAAAAGGACUACCUCACAGACCUUAUUUUGAACAGGUCACUGAAUUUCCUGAAAACACGAAGCCCCCAGCAUCCAUUUUUUAUAAUGCUGUGCCCUCCAGCUCCUCACUCUCCCUGGACUGCAGCUCCAGCAUACCAGAAGAGCUUCAGUGAUGUUAAAGCUCCACGUGAUGGCAGUUUCAACAAACCUGGAAAAGACAAGCACUGGUUGCUGCGUCAGCCUGUUAACCCUAUGCCCAACAGCUCCAUCGAUUAUCUCGACAAUGUUUUCCGUAGAAGGUGGCAGACCCUUUUGUCUGUAGAUGACAUGGUGGAGAAGCUGGUAAAGACACUGAUAGACUUAAAGGAGCUGGACAACACUUACAUUUUCUUCACUUCUGACAACGGUUACCACACAGGUCAGUUCUCUCUCCCCAUUGACAAGAGACAGCUGUAUGAAUUUGACAUCCGUCUGCCACUUUUGGUCCGGGGGCCCGGGAUCAAACCUAACCAAACUGUGCAGGCACCAGUCAUGAAUAUCGACCUCCCUAUGACCAUCCUUGACAUUGCCGGGGUUAAUGUCUCUAACUUGGAUAUGGACGGGCAGUCGUUUCUUCCACAGAUUGCACCUUCGUUACGCAACGGCACUACACGGCCCGACUUCUUGGUGGAGUACACUGGUGAGGGCCUCUUUACUAAAGACCCAGACUGCCCCAAACUCGGCCCCGGUGUGUCUCAGUGCUUUCCAGACUGUGUUUGCGAAGAUGCUGUUAACAACACCUAUGCCUGUGUUAGGACUUUCAAAGACAACAACUUGCAAUACUGUGAAUUUGCUGAUAAUGAGGAAUUUGUGGAGGUCUACAACUUGACGGCUGAUCCAAAUCAGCUGGAGAACAUUUUGAAGAAAGUGGACCCUGCGUUGUUGCAGGCCAUGAACCAGAGGCUCAUCAAGCUUCAAUCAUGCAAGGGAGACAGCUGUCGACAGCUCUAACAGCUCCAGCACAACAGUUCUGUUCAGGCCGAAGUGGUAUCCAAAGAGUGUGAGAGACUUUGUUUACACUCAGCCCUCUCUUGCUGCUAUAUUCCAUUCCAAAUUGAUUUCAUGUUGUGGAGGAACGCAUCUGGUAUUACGUACCUUUUAACUCUUCACACAUAUUUCCUACUAGAUGCACUGCAAAUAAGAAUAAUGCACAACGCGAUAAAAUCAGAUGACAAACCUUACAGUAGCUCACCUCUUAUUUCCAUUUUGUCAUUCAUCAUAAUCAUCUUCAAUUAUUCGGUAACUACAGCAAAAGUGAUAAUAGUUGUGCCUUUAAAAGACACACUGACAUGUAGAUGCAUUAUAGAUUAAUGACCAUAAUUCAUAAUGCCUACAUUACUGACGUUACUUCGAUAUGUCCUUAUUUAAUGAUUGUAGAAUUCAAAAUGACAUCAGAUAGGCCUGUAAUGUGACGGGAAUCAUAAAAAAAAAACGUGAUUAAAAAUGUGUUUCACCUUCA